AGUUCCACAAAGCAGAGAGCAUGUCCGGCCCCAUUUUACAAAGACGAGAGCACUAUCCAAUUACUUUACAGCCCUAUUUUACCAGAAGCUUACUAUGUUCCAACAUCCAGAUUCAGUUCUCAGAAGAACAAGAUUUUCAGAUUUUGCUUCAAAUUUACAAAGACAAUGAAGAGAAUCAGUACAAUAUCGAGACAAGGCAAAGGCUUUCGUUCAAUCUUGGAUAUGCUGCAGAUGGGUGAAACUCGCAGAUGGCUGAAGCUUGCAGGUGAGAUGUGCCGCAGCGAUAAAUCUAGGCAAGGUUAUAAAAGAGAAGUCUGAUGUAAAGUUAGGUCUGAAUGCUAAGGAGUAUUAAAAUUGUGCUGAAUCAAUAAGUCCUAAAAUGUCUGAGCGAGCAAGUCAUGGUUUUCAUUAAGUCACAAGUAAAC